AUGGUGAGAGUCAGAAAGGAAAAGCCCAAGGCUGACGUGGAAGAUUAUCUUGAGAUGUUCCAGCCGGAGGCCAUGCUGCUGUUGGUGAUCCUUGCCAUGCUGGGGACCCCAGCCUUUUCGGCAAAUGAUUAUCAUGGCACAACAACGGGCACACCUUUCUGUACUUCCAUACCUGAGGGGAAAAAUCUAACAGCAGUUCGCAUGUAUGUUCGGAAUAAUGUGAUCAUGGGUGUCCAGGUGCAGCAUGAAGACAGCUGGGGUGAUGUAAGUGGCUACGCCGAGGGGACUCCUGUGGUGCUAACUCUGAGCGAUGAUGAACACGUCCUCUGGGUCUUCGGCACAUACAGAUUCUUUAUUCAGCAAAUAGUCCUGUACACCAGCAGGCCACGGGAUCAGUAUUUUGGGUCCCUCAAAGGUCCCAAUGAGUUCUCUGAUUACCCUCAAAGUUCCGACCAUGUGCUCAAGGGCUUCUGUGGCUUUUAUAGCCUUUUUGAAGACUUGCCAUCUCCCUGUGACUUCCAAGCCCCAGGCUUGUGCCCCAAACCCUCAGGAGCCAUGCUGCUGCUGCUGACCUUGGCCCUCCUUGCUGGCCCCACCUGCAGAGCCCAGAACAUACUGGGCAGAAAAGUUGGCACCUAUUUCUACAUUCGUGGUGAAGAUCAGGGUGAAAUCAAGGUCAUCCGGGUCUACUUAACAAUAGCAAAGUGCAUCAUGGGCAUCCAGCUACAGUUCGGCAGUCACUGGAGUGAUGUCUAUGGAAGCAACUCAUUGAAUUAUAAAGACUUUCAGCUGAAGGAUGGAGAGCACGUGAUAAAGGUGCAUGGCAAAGAGGCAAACUGCCUGUGUUCCCUGACCUUCACCACCAACCAGGGGACCGAGUUUACCUUCGGUUUUAACAGAGGCAAACCAUUUGAUGACAGUGGAGGUCCAGACAAGCAUCUAGUGACUGUCAAUGGCAUGUAUACACCACAUAUCUGCAUCCGGGGGAUGGGCUUCAAAUGGAUACAUGGUCCCCAGGAUGUGGGCUCCACGCAACUUCCAGGAAAACCAAAGACCAGCCUUGACACUCCGAAAGCUGACAAAGACAAGGACAAAGAUGACGACGAUGAUGAUGAUGACGACGACAACGAUGGUGAGAACAGUGAUGACGAGGAGGAAGAGGAGGAGGAGGAGGAGGAUGAGCAGUAG